ACCGAGCCGAGCCGAGCCGCUGCACGGGAAAUUACACCGAGCCGAGGGAGCAGAAGCUUCUGUCUGUGCGGAUGGAUCCGGCGCGCGCGCGCACUCGCGCAAAAAUGGAAACGGAAUGGCUGGCGGUGAUGAUUCGAUCAACGAUGAAGCCUGAGACCUUUGGGCAUCACGCAUGACCACUGGGCUGUGAUUUGUGGCGCCUCUUACACUGCGAGCAACUUGAAAGACAAAGAUGUCUGCGUCAGCACCGGCAUCCAAGAAGACUCGUGGGAAGACGGAGAAGGCCGAACCCAUGAUCGACACUUUGCAGGCGGCCAAUGAGGAGCUGCGGAGCAAGCUGACCGAAAUACAGAUCGAGCUCCAGCAAGAGAAGGGCAAGGUGGCGAAGCUGCGGGAGCGGCUACAGGAAGCAAAGCAGGUCCGCGAGCUGGAGCAGCAUAAGCAUACGGUCCUGGUGACGGACCUGAAAGCGAAGCUGCACGAAGAGCGCAUCCGCGAACUAGCGGCGGCCCGCGAGGCCCUGCAGCGGCAGCACGAGCAGGAGCUCCAGCGCGCCCUCAAGCUGCGUGACUCGGAGAUACAGCGCCUGCAGGCGCUGGUGACGGCGCUACGUGACGGCGCUGCCACUGACAAGGUGAAGAGCGCGCUGCUGGCGGUGGCGCGCGAGGAGGCGCGUCGUGCCCUCGAUGGGGAGCGUGCACGCAUGCAACAGGACAUUCUGGAGCUGAAGGCAGCGCGGCGACAGACCGAGGAGGCGCUGGCCAACGCGCUGCGGGCCGACAAGGCCAAGGCUGCCGACCUCCGCGCCACAUAUCAGACCCAUCAGGACGAAGUGAACCGCAUUAAGCGGGACUGCGAGAAGGACAUCCGCAGACUGAUGGACGAGAUUAAAGGGAAGGACCGGGUGGUGCAAGCCCUGGAAAAGGAGCUGGGGGUGCAGGCAGGCUAUGCUCAGCGGCUGCUUCUUCAGAAGGAAGCCCUGGGAGAGCAGCUUGUGCAGGUGAAGGAGGCAGAGCGGCACCAUGGGAGCCCCAAACGGGAAGUGGUUCCUGCCCUGGGAGACACAACAGACAGCCUUAUCAGCCAGGAUUCUCAGACAGAUGAGCGGGAUGCGCGCCGAUUCCAACUGAAGAUCGCAGAGCUCCACGGAGUGAUCCGGAAACUGGAGGAUCGUAAUGCUCUGCUGGCUGAUGAGAGAAAUGAACUGCUGAAGCGUGUGCGUGAGGCAGAGAGCCAGAUGAAGCCUCUCUUCGAGAAGAGCAAAAGGAUGUCCAAGAAGAAUGAGGAUCUCCUUCAGACACUACAACGCAUGGAGGAGAAGUUGAAGACCCUGACAAGGGAGCAUGCUGAAAUGAAGGAGAAGCUGAACACAAACAGCCAGCCGGCCCUGAAGAGACCCAGUUCUCUGAAUGAUCUGAGUCAGACCCACGAGGAGCAGGAGGUGGAGUUCCUUAAGCUGCAGGUGGCGGAGCAGCAGAGCAUCAUCGACGAGCUCACACUGGAACGCGACAGACUGAUAAUUACCAAGAACAAAAGAAAAGGUGUGAAACUGCCAAGGAGGCAUGUUGUGGAGACAUAUUUUGGAUUUGAUGAAGAGUCUGUGGACUCGGAGACCUCGUCCUUGACGUCCUACACAACGGACCGCACAGACAGGACCCCCGCCACUCCCGAAGAAGACCUUGAGGAGGGAAUUUCUCGGGAAGAGUCGGAGCUGCGGUUCCGUCAGUUGACCAGAGAGUACCAGGCCCUGCAGCGAGCCUACGCGCUUCUCCAGGAGCAGGUUGGAGGAACGCUGGACGCCGAACGGGAAGCUCGGACACGGGAGCAACUGCAGGCAGAACUGAUUCGCUGCCAGGCGAAGAUCGAAGACCUGGAGAAGUCCUUGGCAGAGCGGGGGCAGGAUUCCAAGUGGGUAGAAGAGAAGCAAUACCUCAUCAAAACUAACCAGGGACUCUUGGAGAAGAUUUCGAGGUUGGAGCAGAAUGAGAACCGCCUGCGCACAGAGGUGCAGGACGCCCACGACCAGAAUGAACUCUUAGAGUUCCGCGUUCUGGAGCUGGAAGAGCGGGAGCGUCGGUCCCCAGCGUUCAACCUGCAUGUGGCCACCUUUUCUGAGGGCAACAGUAGUGCUCUGCAGCUGCAUUGUCACCAGGAGGGCAUCAAGGAUGUUGUGAUUCCGGACCUUAUAAAGAAGCUUGACAUACUGGGCGAUAAUGGGAACCUGCGGAAUGAAGAGCAGGUUGCGGUGAUCCAGGCCGGGACGGUGCUGUCCUUGUGCGAGAAGUGGCUGAAGCAGAUCGACAGUACGGAGGCCGCGCUGACGCAGAAGAUGAUUGACCUGGAGAACGAGAAGGACCUGUUCAGCAAGCAGAAGGGUUACCUGGAGGAAGAGCUGGACUAUCGGAAGCAGGCCCUGGAUCAGGCCACCAUGAAAAUCCAGGAGUUGGAGGCCACACUGUAUAAUGCGCUGCAGCAGGACCCGUCGAGCAGAGUGGGUGAGACGUUGACAGAGAGGCAGAAGGAGGAUCUGAGGAUAGCGGUGGAGAAACUGAGGAGGCAGAUUCAAAGGCAGAGCCGCCAGUUUGACAGUCAGAUCUUGCAGGAGCGCAUGGAGCUUUUGCAACAGGCGCAACAGAAGAUCAGAGAGCUUGUGGACAAGAUUGAAACCCAGAAAAGACAAAUCAAGGAGAUAGAAGAAAAGGAUCUUGCCUCAUUUUGUUCCUCCUGUCACUCACAGCGAAGCCUUUAUUCUUUGGCCUUAAUGAUGCUAUCACAGCCGUAAGUCAGGCACUGAUCCGGGCCCCUGGAGCGUGUCGAAUCAGAGGCACCUGCACCCAGGAACACCGUGUUGUGCACUCACACAGCUGAA